AUGUAUGAAUGCCUCUAUGGCUUCACUCCAUUUGCCUGUGAUGAUCGCCAUCAGACAAAGCUCAAGAUCCUUCAGCACAAGAAGAAUCUUACUUUUCCAGAGCGACCGGCUGCUUUUGCCCCCAGCGCCGAAGCUGUGGACCUGAUGAUGAAAAUUCUAGUUGAAAAGGAACGUCGGCUUUGUACUAGACAGUAUCAGCUCAACGAAUACACGAGGAAAAUCGUCGGAGGCAAGGUGGUCAAGUUCGAUGCCGACAAAACGAGCAGCACCUACGAUGGCUAUUUUGUGUACGCCAACGAUGCCGCAGAGAUAAAAUGCCAUCCGUUCUUCCGAAAUAUCGAUUGGGCCAUGGUUCACCUCCAGCGUCCUCCGUACAUACCUCACGUAGACGACUGGGAAGAUACGAAAUAUUUCCAGGAGGAUGAGCCCGUUUCCGACAUUGAGUCCACUAGCACUUUUGCAGUAGGGAACGACAAGUCUACUAAAGCUUUCAACGAGCAUGGUGAGCUUACACUAUUGCCGCUAGCGGCUCAUCCGUCAUCCAAUGUCAGCCAACAUCACCAUGAAGGCCAAAACAUUGUGCCAUCGCUAGCCAUCAACAUUCCUCACAAGGAUAGUGCUGCACCGGCACUAGGCCUUGCUCGGCCGGACAGUCUGACCGACAUGAAAAACCCAUUGUUGAUGCCGCUCGGGAAGCCAAUAGCGAGUGUCGAACAUAAUUCGUGGGGUCGCGAAGACACUCGUCAGGUCGACGGCGCCAAUGAAGGCGUGUUCGCUGGGUGCAGGAAGCCUGACGCAAAGCAGCGGGAUAAGCGACGAGCACGAGAUAUCAUCCUACGAGACAAAAGCACCAGACGUGAGGCUAUGAAGAUACGAAAGGCGUCGGCUUUCCUUGGGUAUGACUACCGGCAGCCAGCCAUGGUCAAAGACAUUGUAGACCAAGUAUUGUCGGAAGAUGUUGUGAUGGCGCAGGCCAACGCUGAAUACGAGAGCAGCGAUGUUGACGAUCGUGAUCUAGCCUUUGAGAAACGAGUGUUUAUUGGGGCAGGAGGUCAUCUAUCACCAUCGUCGGAAGCAGUGACGGUGUAA